AUGUCCGAGUUUUGCCUUACAAAUGGGUUGCUCGUGUGUUCUACCAAGGAUUGGCCUUACCAUGUCAAAUCCUUGAUGUUGGACAGACUGAGUCGGCUCGUGGACUUGGUGGUGGAGUUGCAGACGGCCCACUUCCACAAUCGUUUGCUGGCGAGCGUCUUUGACUGCGAGUUAAUGCUCCGGUUCUUUGCGUUUGCUCUCGGUGGCAGGAGGAAGAGUCGGCGGGACGACGAUGGUUUCGUCCGGUAUGAUCCCUCACGGGCCGGAGAUUUCAAACGACUAUUGCCGUGUCAGAUUUUCGGUCAUGUACCAGUUGGUUCAUUCGUUAGGGUUAUACUGGCCGAAAUUUUUUCGUCGGUCACCGUCGACUUGUUGUGUUGUACAGCCGAAGACGCAGCAGAAUGGUGGCUGACUACCGCUGCCAGACUGGUGAACGUCGAAUGCGGGAUGAGUGCACCUGCAUCAUCCGCUACGGCGUUCACCAUAAAGCGGCUGGUAAUCGAGUACGGUCGACGUAGUGACGCUGAGUUAGUAAAACGUCGAACAACAGUUGAGGGUUCUGUUGAUAGCUUUAAAAAGGUCACAAUCCAGGGUUUAUAA